UUCCCCCUCCUUCCUCCUUUCACAUCCCCCCCCAUUCUUUCCAAGACUUCAAGACUUCAAUAAUCGCUUGUGCCAAGUCCUCUAGGGGACGCGGCCAAGGCUUUGUCGACGUCAAACAGAGAAGAGAAGGCAACUCAGUCACACCUGUCUGCGCCCCCCCCCUCCUUCUCACCAUGCGCUUUAUAUCUCAACGGCCGUCGUCCUUGUGAGGUGGACAUCAGUGCUCGUCUAUAGCUGUGAGACUACGUCUUUUGAAGAAUGGCUCAGACCCAGUCUCGCGACCGCACGUUUCCCUUCUCGAUCCAACACGCUCUCAGGAUGCUGCUCUCGUCGACGGCAUCCAAGCCGGUCUUUGAUGACUCGGCUCUGGCAGAGGACGGUGACGAGCCGCCGGACCAUCAUACCCAUCCGCAUCUCCUGCAGACCACGUCGAUGAACGCCGUCGAUGACGGUCUGGUCUACAUCAAGUCACCCACCCUCCUCUGUGACCGCAAGGAAUCGCUCCUCACUCGCGCUUUGAAGAACAGCCCCGAGCUGAGCCCUGUCGAUGACCAUCACCAUCUCUCCUACCGUUCCUACCCGCACAGCCAUGUCAGCGGCUUUUCCGCCACCGACUUCAUCAGCGACGGCGGACUUACCAGUCCGUCGCUCUCCAACACACCGAGCCCUCCCCUGUCGCCUCAACUGGCUGGCAGACCCUCCCACAUCUCUUUCAAGACCUCUCCUUCCCGAAUCAAUCCUGCCUCCACUACAAACACCACCACCAACCCGAGCGAGUCGACUGUCGAGGCAAAUCUCGGCCGCAAGCGCUGCAUCAGUUUUGCCUGUGGCCGCAAGAUGUCUACGACAACACCACCUUCGCAACAAGACGAGAAUACCACUAGUCCCGUCGAGAGACAGCAGCCCGAGCCGGAACCGAUCAAGCGCAGGACAACCCUGACUUUUGCCUGCCCGGCGCGUGAGCCCCAGCCGCGUGCGGAACGUUCGCUGUGUCCCAAGGUAUCCUUUCGCUCUCGGCUACGCUGCUCGCCCGCUCCUGUCGGCCGCAAACCGUCCCCAGAGUCUGUGGUAGCAGUCCAAAAUGUUGAUGACAAGACUCCCCCGGCCAGAGAAUUACGUGGUAUUCCAACCAGUGGUCUCGGUAAGUUCGAGGCAUCCGAAGCUACGCGGUUUCACGAAUUCGCUAGCUCGGUCGAGGAAGACGAAGACUGGGUCGCCAAACCCACCGAUUUUCCCGAGAAGAUUACUCUCAAUGACUGCAUGAAGAAGGAGAACGCCAUCCGGAAACUCGGCGAGGAAGCUGAAGAAGAAGCCCUCGAGGAGGAUGAAGAUGACGAUGACGACGAAGAACAAGAAGAAGAAGAAGAAGAGGAGGAGGAGGAGGAGGAGGAGGAGGAGGAGGACGAAGACGAUGAUCUGGAGGAUCUUGCUGAUGAUGAUUCAACCGUUCACGACUUUUCCGACGACGGUAACGAGUCCGACAACGAAGCAGGCUUUGCCGACUCGGAUGACAGCGAUGACGGCUCUGAAUACGAAUUCUGGGCCCCCUCCGCCACCGUGACCGCGGCCACCAGCCCUCAGACCACCUUCGAUCCCUUACAGAUUGCCACCGGCAUUGCGCGCCGCAAUUCCAACACUUCGAUCGAGUCGCUGAACAACGGAGAGCAGUCGCGGCGGCAGUGGUCACCCGUGUCAGCCCGGAAGCGGGAUGGAAGCGGCAGGCGACCCAAGCCGCCCAAGAUGCGGCCCGGAACACCCAAUCUCCCUGACAGCACGGACUUUGUUUGCGGGACGCUGGACGAGGACCGCCCGCUGGAAGCGGCGUACAAGUCGUGUAUAGAACAGCGCCGUCGAUCCAAGCAGAUUGUCAUCCCGCAGGACAUUGACCCCAGCUUCCCCACCACCGACCCGGAGGAGGAGGAUGAUUUGGACGAGGAGGACGAGGAGGACGACGAGAUGGUCGUGGUGAUGCCUUCAAGCCGGAUCCACAAGCAGCUGGCCGCCUAUGACGACGAAGCCCUGCGUGGCCGACCCUCGGGCUCCCGGUCGGGUCGCGUGUCCCCGCGCCAUUCGCCCAAGCGUGUGUUGUCACCGGCGCCCCGCCGGCAGACCCGGGCCUCACCGAAACGCCUCAAGUCGCCGCCGCCCAAACGGGCUCGCAGUCCUCCGCCUCCUGGUCCGCUUCUUCGCCUGGCCGACAUUCCGGCAGUCCCCGCGGUCGCGGUCGACGCCGCCUCGUCCACCUCCCCCCUGCAGACGCGGGGUCUGAACAUCAGCGAGUUGGUGCAGCGGCCAUCGUUGGUGACACGGACCAAAUCGUUGCCGCGGACGCCGAACCCUUUUUUCACCUCGUUGGAUCCGACGCACCGGUGGUCGGGCAUCGUCCCCGUGGACGAGGAGUCGCCCGAGGAUCACGAGCGGUCGCGGGUGCGGCCCGAGGGCCACACGCGCGGGCCGAUCGACAUUGUCGAAGGGCUGGAGAAGAAGCGGCAGAAGCGCAAGGAGAAGUUCUGGCGCCAGCACUGCCGCAAAGCGGCCAAGGAGCAAAUGGAGCGCCGGCCCAUCCCCGGCAAGGGCGCCGAGCGGAUGAAGGAGCUGGGUCUCGAGGUGGCCGAGCGGUGCCGAGCGUACGGCGUCAGCGAAGACGUCCAGCUUGUCCUGUCUGUCUAGCAUGACUGGCAGAUCCCAAAUUCCUUGUCUGUCUAGCAUGACUAGCAGACAACCAACUUUCCUGUACAUAUUUACGUUUGCAUCCCGUGAGCCAGGAGGAUAUUUGUGCAUUUACGGCGACUGAACAUACAAAUAGUUUAUUAAAUUUAAAUCAUAAAUAUUAU